AUGGAGAUAUCCCUGCUGGGCUUGGUUGUGUGGUCACUGCUCUUCCAGCCCAGGCUGAUGUUCUGGGCCUCCCAUGUGAGACAGAACUGCCACAAUGGCAGCUACGAGAUCAGCGUCCUGAUGAUGAACAACUCAGCCUUCCCAGAAUCUCUGGAGAACCUGAAAGAAGCAGUGAAUGUGGGACUGGAUGUAGUACGAAUGCAGCUGCAUGAAGCUGGGAUAAAUGUGACCGUAAAUGCCACCUUCAUUUACUCAGAUGGUCUGAUUCAUAAUUCAGGUGACUGCCGGAGCAGCACCUGUGAAGGCCUUGAUCUACUCAGGGAAAUUACAAGGAAAAAUCAGAUGGGCUGUGUCCUCAUGGGACCCUCAUGUACAUAUUCUACCUUCCAGAUGUACCUUGACACAGAAUUGAACUAUCCCAUGAUUUCCGCUGGAAGUUUUGGAUUGUCUUGUGACUAUAAAGAAACUUUAACCAGGCUGAUGUCUCCAGCUAGGAAGUUGAUGUACUUUUUGGUUGACUUUUGGAGGGCCAAUGAUCUGCCAUUCAAAACUUUUUCCUGGAACUCUUCAUAUGUGUACAAAGAUGGUACCGAGACCGAAGACUGUUUCUGGUACCUCAAUGCUCUGGAGGCUGGAGUCUCCUAUUUUUCUCAGGUACUCAACUUCAAGGACACCCUCAGAAAAGAAGACCAGUUCCAGGAUUUCUUAGCAAACCAUCACAGAAAAAGCAACGUGAUCGUUACGUGUGGUACACCAGCCACCAUCAAAGCCCUGACAGGUGACCAGGCAGUGGCUGAUAACACUGUCAUUAUCCUGGUGGAUCUAUUCAAUGACUACUACUUUGAGAACAAUGCCAUCGCCCCUGAUUAUAUGAAAAAUGUCCUUGUUCUGACCUUGCAUCCCGGACAUGCUGCCAUAAAUGCCUCUUUCGCCAAGAGGAUUUUGUCAGGAAAAAAUGACUUUGCUCUUGCUUACUUGGAUGGAACUUUACUGUUUGGACACAUGCUGAAGAUAUUUCUUGAAAAUAGAGAAACAGUUACCACUCCCAAAUUUGCUCAUGCUUUCAGGAAUCUCACUUUUCAAGGCUAUAUGGGUCCUGUGACUUUGGACGACUGUGGGGAUAUUGACAAUACUAUGGUGCUUCUGUAUACGUCUGUGGAUACCAAGAAAUAUGAGAUUCUUUUGACUUAUGACACCCACACAAAUAGUACUACCCCUGUGGAUAUGAGCCCCACAUUCAUCUGGAAGAACCAUAAACUUCCUAAUGAUAUUCCAGGCCUGGGUCCUCAAGUCCUGUUGAUCGCCGUCUUCACCCUCACAGGGACUGUGAUCCUGCUGCUGAUCAUCGCCCUGCUUGUGCUAAGAAAAUAUAAAAGGGAUAAUGAGCUUCGUCAGAAAAAAUGGUCCCACAUUCCUCCUGAAAACGUCUUUCCUCUGGAGACUAAUGAAACCAACCACAUCAGCCUGAAGAUUGAUGAUGACAAGAGACGAGAUCCAAUCCAGAGACUACGACAAUGCAAAUAUGACCAAAAGCGAGUGAUUCUCAAAGAUCUCAAGCACAGUGAUGGAAAUUUCACUGAGAAACAGAAGAUAGAAUUGAAUAAGUUGCUUCAGUCUGACUAUUACAACCUGACCAAGUUCUAUGGCACAGUCAAGCUGGACACCAGAAUCUUUGGGGUGAUUGAAUACUGUGAGAGAGGAUCGCUCCGGGAAGUUUUAAAUGACACAAUUUCCUACCCUGAUGGAACAUUCAUGGAUUGGGAGUUUAAGAUCUCUGUCUUGUAUGAUAUUGCUAAGGGGAUGUCCUAUUUGCACUCGAGUAAGAUUGAAGUCCAUGGUCGCCUGAAGUCCACUAACUGCGUGGUAGACAGCAGAAUGGUCGUGAAGAUCACUGAUUUUGGCUGCAAUUCCAUUUUACCUCCCAAAAAAGACUUGUGGACAGCCCCAGAGCACCUCCGCCAAGCCAAUGUCUCUCAGAAAGGAGAUGUGUACAGCUAUGGGAUCAUCGCCCAGGAGAUCAUCCUGCGGAGAGAAACCUUCUACACUUUGAGCUGCCGGGACCACAAUGAGAAGAUUUUCAGAGUAGAAAAUGCUUAUGGAAUAAAACCCUUCCGCCCAGACCUAUUCCUGGAAACAGCGGAGGAAAAGGAGCUGGAAGUCUACCUACUGGUAAAAAACUGUUGGGAGGAAGAUCCAGAGAAGAGACCAGAUUUCAAGAAAAUUGAGAACACUCUGGCCAAGAUAUUUGGCCUUUUUCAUGACCAAAAAAAUGAAUCUUAUAUGGAUACUUUGAUCCGACGUCUACAGCUAUAUUCUCGAAACUUGGAACAUCUGGUAGAGGAAAGGACACAGCUGUACAAGGCAGAGAGGGACAGGGCUGACAGACUCAACUUCAUGUUGCUCCCACGGCUAGUGGUUAAGUCUCUGAAGGAGAAAGGCAUCGUGGAGCCAGAAUUAUAUGAGGAAGUUACAAUCUACUUCAGUGACAUUGUAGGUUUCACUACUAUCUGCAAGUACAGCACCCCCAUGGAAGUGGUGGACAUGCUUAAUGACAUCUAUAAGAGUUUUGACCAUAUUGUUGAUCACCAUGAUGUCUACAAGGUGGAAACCAUUGGUGAUGCCUACGUGGUGGCUAGUGGUUUGCCCAAGAGAAAUGGCAAUAGGCAUGCAGUCGACAUUUCCAAGAUGGCCCUGGAUAUCCUCAGCUUCAUAGGGACCUUUGAGCUGGAGCAUCUUCCUGGCCUUCCAGUUUGGAUUCGCAUUGGAGUUCAUUCUGGUCCCUGUGCUGCUGGAGUUGUGGGAAUCAAGAUGCCUCGUUAUUGCCUAUUUGGCGAUACUGUCAAUACUGCCUCCAGGAUGGAAUCCACCGGCCUCCCCCUAAGAAUUCACAUGAGUGGUUCCACUAUUGCCACCCUGAAGAGAACGGAGUGCCAGUUCCUGUAUGAAGUGAGAGGAGAAACUUACUUAAAGGGAAGAGGGACAGAGAUGACCUACUGGCUGACUGGGAUGAAGGACCAGAAGUUCAACCUGCCAACUCCACCAACUGUGGAGAAUCAACAGCGUUUGCAAGCAGAAUUCUCAGACAUGAUUGUCAACUCUUUACAGAAAAGACAGGCUUCAGGAAUAAAAAGCCGAAAACCAACCCGGGUAGCCAGUUAUAAGAAAGGCACUCUGGAGUACUUGCAACUGAACACCACAGACCAGGAAGACACCUAUUUUUAG